AUGUCUGGCUUUAAGGUCGUCUAUGCCUGCCGCUAUUGUGGCAAUAUAAUCGGCUACAAAUCCUGCAAAUUAAAUGAGACGCCCUAUGAUUUGCUAUUGACCAGGACCUUUAACCUAAUACAAAACGACAGGAUCGGAGCGACGGAUGGGGAGAGGUUCCAGCAUCUGCACUGCUCCAAGUGUCGCACGGAAUUGGGUCUCCUUUGUCUGCAGAGCGAACGGAAUGCACGACUGAAGGGACUUUCGCUGCUCGAGAAGGUUCAUCUGGUGGUUUACGACUCGUAUGAGGUGCCAUUCGAAAUGCCUUCAGCCCACGAUGACUGAUGGAG